AUGGUGCAUCUAACGGAGCUGCGCAUCGUGCUGCCCUUCACAUGUGCGUGUCAGGGGGGGUGGGUCGGCGGGAGAAAUGUGGAGGACGGUCCCUACCCAGUUCCCUGCUUCGAGUCCUCCCAAUUCUCCCCUCCUUCUGCACGCGCUGCUACCUGUCAUCACACUUUUUUCCCGCACUACCUCUCUCUCCCCCAGCUGCUGUCAUCAACGCCCUACUACCACGAGCAGCACGGGGAGGGGCUCUUCACGCACAGCCUCUUCCGCCUCGGCAACCGCCUCCCUGAUUGGGUGAACCGGCUGGUGCCGCCAUCGGCUCUGGUGGUGGAUGAGAAGAGCUGGAUCAACUACCCCUACUUCCGCACCAUCAUCACCAUCCCCUUCUUUAGCAAGCUACGCAUGGAGAUAGAGACCAUUCACCUGCAGGAUGACGGCUCUCACCCCAACGCCUUGGGAUUGUCACCAGCAGAGCUGGCGCUGCGGCGGGUGGACUGCAUGGACAUCGGCAGUGAACCCGUGGCUAGAAGGGACUACAAGGCGGAGCUCGACCCGCUGCUGGUCCACUCCAAGCUUACAGGUCGCGGCCCCCUAACCCUGGGGUGGCAGAAGAGGGAGCGGCCCCUCAUGUGUGCGUACAAGGUGGUGCGCGCACAGGCGGAGUACUGGGGCGUGCAGAACAGUGCAGAGCGGCUGCUCAUCAACUCGCUCAGGCAGAUCUUCCUGUUAGCACACAAGAACUGCUUCGGCCUCUUGGACCACUGGUACCCGCUCUCCCUGAAACAGAUCCUUGCAAUCACGGAGAAGCACAAACCACAGAUGCAGUGGGCGGCAGAGGAAGAGCUCUUUGGAGAGAAGAUGCUCUCAGGGCAAAAUGGUGUGCCGCCCCCACCUCUCUUCCCCGUCCCCCACUUGUGCCUGCUUGUGGCCCAUUGUACCUGGGCCAUCCGCUCUCCCUCUGCUUCGAGCAGCCCCCGCCCCCUCUGCUGUGCGCGCACGCAGCAGCAAUCACAGCAGCAAUCUAUCCGUUUCCCACUCCCCACUCUCUCUGUGCCCUCCCCCUCUCACCAUCCAGACCUGGGCCAUCCGCUCUCCCUCUGCUUAAAGCAGCCCCCGCCCCUCUGCCCCCUCUGCUGUGCUCGCACGCACCACCAGGGCGGGCAGCAGGGCGGGCAGCGAGAGGGGAGAGAGAGGUCAGCGGAAGCUGGCAGUGCAGUGCAAGAGUGUGCACCGGCUGUGUUCUGUGUGUCGUGUGGCGAGUUCUUCUGCCACCGCUGUUUCCACGAGUUCCACAUCACGCCUCGCUUGCAGCAGCAUGCCACACACCCCAUCGCUUCUUCCCAGAAGUUUUCUUCUGCCGCCCCUGCUGACGCACAGCAUGACCACUCCUCUCCGCUCAAGAAUCUGCCACGUGUCAGCAGCACUGCACCCAGCAGCACCAGCACAACCUCAAGCCCUGUCACCAGUGCAGAGGGGGCGAGCCCCAUUGGGGAAGGGCAGGGCGGAAUGCAGAGCAGCAUGCAGGGCGGCAUGCAGGAGGGGUCAAGUGCGGGGCCGGUGAGGGAGCGGCUGAGGGAGGAGUACGAGCGGCGAGCAGUGCCGCUCUCUGUGGAUCUCGUUAAUGGUGUUCUCGACAUCUAUAAGGCUGCUGCCACUGCUAAUGCUAAUGCUGCUUCUGCUACUGAUGCUUCUGCUGCUGCACCCUCCGCCGCCUCUCAUGGAAACACAUCCCCCAUACUGACCUCCUCGUUAUCCUCACCAUCGCUCGCAUCGCUGGGCUCCGGAGCAUCUCAGCCGUCCAUCUCUGCGCGGCACUCUGACUCCUCCCUGGCUCACAUUGAUCCCUCCGUACCGCAACAGCAGCAGCACCGCUACCAGCAGCAGCCAUCCACCCCGUCUGCACCCACCACUCGCUCCUUCUCCUGGAAGGGUCCCAGAGCCUUCUCUCGCUCCGCCUCCUCCCCCGCCCUCUCCCACACGCACUCCCACACCUCUGCUGCUUUGCACUCACCUGCUGCUGCUGCUUCUCUCACCUCCACUCCCGCUGCUGCCACUACCAAUUCCCCCUGGUCCUCUGCUUCCAGUCUUCCUGGCACCUCUGCAAGGGCAGCAGCUGCUGUUGCUGGUGUCUCUCCUGACUUGCCUGAAGAGGAUGUUUUUGUGGGUGACUCAGCACCUGUUGAUGCUGCUGUGACUGUAACGGACGGGGGAAAUGUGACUGUGGUGGAUGGGGGACAUGUGACUGUAACGGAUGUGCAAGUGGUUCUGGACUAUCUGGCAUCUGAGGCAGGCACGGCUCACCGUCAUGAGCUGCAGCGGUUCAGGAUCCUAUCAGAGCUGCUGGCGGACGUGCAGCCACAGCAGCUGGGGCACUCAGAGCGACUGGCCUUCUGGAUCAACGUGUACAACGCGCUUGCCAUGCAUGCGUACCUGGUGUAUGGCCAGCCGCGCAGCCACUACAAGCGAGUCAUGUUCAUGCACAAGUCGGCCUACAUCAUUGCUGGCUUGCCUUUCUCCAUCCUCGCUAUAGAGCACUGCAUUUUGAGAGCUGCGUCCUUCCAACCAGCACUGGCCGGUCUGCUGCCAGUGCAGCGCUACAGGCGGGGAGACGUGCGCUACAGCCUGGCUUUGGACCGGCCCGAGCCUCUCGUCACCUUUGCGCUCAGCUGUGGCUGCGCCUCUGCUCCCCCUAAGGCGGAGGUGGAUUGGGAGGAAGAGGAGGGCGGGUUGCGAGAGGCAAGCGAAUGCAAUGUCGGUGUUAUCGCGUCCCAAAAAGGCGGUCAACAUUGUCGUCCUGCUGGUCUUGCCGCCUUGCGUGGAAAUUCGGGCAGCAGGAUUCGGACGAAAUUCGCUUCACGUUACGGCCGCGAUUCCGCGCAACCACACGAUGCGUGGACUUUCCGCGUGCGCGCAGCAGCCUCCGCGGGUGGCGCGGGGGCGGAAUCAGCGGAGGCGGAAGAGAGCACAGUGGCGGAAGACAAGAAGCAGCGGAGAGGCCUCCGCGGCAAGACCGAGGCUGAUGUCAUCGUCAUCGGUUCCGGAAUCGGCGGGCUGUGCUGCGGCAGCCUCCUCGCGCGCUACGGCCGCGACACGCUCGUGCUCGAAAGCCACUACCUCCCGGGCGGCGCGGCGCACGGCUUCACGCGAAACGGCUUCUCGUUCGACACGGGCCCGUCGCUGUUCUCGGGAUUGUCGUCGCGCGGCCCGCAGGCGAACCCGCUCGCGCAGGUUCUAGACGCGCUGGGGGAGUCGGUGCCGUGCGCGGCAUACGAUAGCUGGAUGUGCUACCUCCCGGAAGGGGACUUCCUCUCGCGCAUCGGCCCGUCUCACUUCAUCGAGGUGUUACAGCAGCGUGUGGGGGAGGACGCGGUGCAGGAUUGGCGCAAGCUCAUGGCAGUGGUGGAGCCUCUAGCCGGCCCCUCAAUGGCCCUCCCCCCAGCUGCUCUUCGUGCCGACCCUGCCGUGCUGCUCACUGCAGGGCUGAGGUACGGCCCGAGCCUGCUCCGCACGUUCGGCAGCGCCGGGCCUGCAGCUGCGCUCAACGCGUCGAAGCUCUUGGGCCCAUUCUCAUCGCUAGCCGACUCAGUGGGUGUGAAGCACCCCUUCGUGCGCAACUGGAUCGAUCUCCUCUCCUUCCUGCUCUCGGGGCAGAAGGCCGAUGCCACCAUUGCGGCCGAAGUGGUGUACAUGUUUGCAGAGUGGUACAAGCCUGGCAGCGUCAUGGAGUACCCUCUCGGCGGUCCCGAGGCGAUUAUCGAGGCGCUUAUAAGGGGGAUGGAGAAGCACGGCGGGCAGCUCUCACUGAACUGCCACGUGGACAGCAUAGUGGUGGAAGGCGGCCGGGCAGUUGGCGUAAAACUUAAAUCUGGGCAGAUAAUCCGCGCCCGGACAGCCGUGGUGAGUAAUGCAUCAGUGUGGGAUACCAUGCGAUUGCUGCCGCCCGGGAGUGUACCCGGGGAGUAUCGGAAAGAAAGGGAGGCUACACCCGAGUGUGAUUCAUUCAUGCACCUGCAUCUGGGGAUCAAGAAGGAGAAUCUUCCUGCUGACUUGGAGAUCCAUCACAUCGUGGUCAAUGAUUGGUCGGUCGGCGUCGACGCUCCUCAAAACGUGGUCCUCAUCUCCAUCCCGACGGUCCUCGACGCCUCACUGUCGCCACCUGGCACCGUCUCAUUGCACGCGUACACUCCGGGAACCGAGCCCGCUUCCCUGUGGCAAGGCCUGGAUAGGCGGUCAGCUGAGUACAAGAAACUGAAGGAGGAGAGGGCUGAGGUGAUGUGGAAGGCGGUGGAAAGGGUGCUUGGUCCGGCGCAGCGGUAUCUAGACUCGGAGCAAGCAGUCAUGGAUUACGACAUGUGCGACGAGGACAGCGACGAAUGCGACGCGUGCGACUAUACCGAUGACAGCAGCGACGCGGACAGCCAAGACGGCUCACAGGGAGAUUGGGACUGGGACGCGACGCCUCGGCGGGACAGGACGGCCGACGCGCGGCAAUUUCAAGGAGAAGACGACUCAGACGAGGACAACGACAUGCUGGACGGCGCGGUGGACGUGAGUGCGCAGCAGGCGGCGCGGGGGCGGGACAUACAGGGCAUCCCGUGGGAGCGGCUGCACUUCACGCGCGCCAAGUACCGCGCGAUGCGCCUGCAGCAGUACAAGAACUACAAGAACCUCGACGUCCCGUUAGACGCCGUGGAUAAGGAAGUGAAGCAGGUCAGCACAGACGCGGAGUUUUUCAGCUUCGCCUACAACACGCGCGCCGUCAAGUCCACCAUCGUGCACUUCCAGCUGCGCAACCUAGUAUGGGCGACGUCGAAGCAUGACGUGUACACCAUGCACGGCCACACCAUCGGCCACUACUCGGCUCUCUCCCGCCGCUCCGUUGACUUCCUUGACCUCAGCGGACCCGUCGUGCCCAUCUCCCAUCUACAGCGCGCCCCCUGGCUGUACCACCAGCGCGCCACCACUGCCACAUUGCGCCCAGGCGGACCCAGGCUCUAUGGGGGCGGGGGGACGGGGGGAACGGACGGAGCAGGCGGGGGAGUAGCCACUGGCGCGGGGGGAGCAGCAGGGCCGGGGAGAGGGGACGGGGGGGGAGGGGCGGCGGCAGGGGGGAAUGGGGCAGGAAUGGCGGAUGAUGGGACGUGGGAACCAGUGGGCCGGGUGCAGGUGAGCACGCUGUGUGUGCGCAACGGGCUGGUGGCAGCAGGGGGCUUCAACGGCGAGAUGGUGUGCAAGCGGCUCGACAGCGGCGCGGAGGGCGGCGUGUCUUAUGCAGGGCGGAUUACAAGGGAUGAGAGCGCGAUAACCAAUGCUGUCGAGAUCUUUGAGUCCGCCAGUGGAGCAGUGCGAGUGCUGACAUCCAACAACGACUGCCUUGUGAGGGAGUUUGAUGCCGACUCCUUCGCCAUCAUCGCCCGCCACCACUUGCCAUGGCCCAUCAAUCACACGUCAGUAUCGCCGAACGGCAAGCUGGUGGUGGUGGUGGGGGAUGACCCAGACGCCUUUUUAAUGGACGCCAGCUCUGGCCGGGUGGUGGCGCCUCUGAGCGGCCAUGUGGACUACUCCUUUGCAUCGGCAUGGCACCCCAACGGCCUCACAUUCGCCACGGGCAACCAGGACACCACCUGCCGCGUCUGGGACCUGCGCUGCCUCUCCCGCUCCCUCGCCACUCUCAAGGGCCGCAUGGGCGCGAUCCGGUCCGUCCGUUUCUCAUCCGACGGCCGGUUUUUGGCCGUGGCAGAGCCGGCGGAUUUCGUACAUGUGUAUGAUGUGAAGGGGGGGUAUGAGAGGAGCCAGGAGAUCGAUCUGUUUGGGGAGAUUGCGGGGGUUUCGUUCUCUCCGGAUUUGGAGGCGCUGUUUGUGGGCGUGGCGGAUCGCACGUACAGCAGUUUGUUGGAGUUUAAUCGGGCACGCCGCACGUUCCGCGCGUUUGAACGGUGGAUGCGCGAUGAGGCCAAGAUCCAAUGGUCAGAAAAGCUCGCCUUCCUCCUCACCUGCCCUCCCCCUCCCGCGGCCACCCUCCGCCAAGGCGCACGCGAGCGCCCCUCCCGCACCUCUCCUUCCGCCUCCCCACCGCCUGGUCCGCUCCCCGUGGGGGUGUUUGCGCGAGCGCCCCUCCCCCUUGGCGCAUCUGUUGCGACCAUCCCCAAGUCCGCCUGCCUGACUCCGCGCACCUCCCGGAUUGCGCCCUACCUCUCCGCCUCCCCGUUCUUUCAAGCAGAGGGUGAGGCGGAAGGGGAAGGGGAAGGGUCAGAGGAGGGGGAAGGGGAGGCGGAUGAGGAUGGGGAGGGGGAGGAAGAGGAGGGGGGAUCAGGGGGUGAGAAUCAGAGCGCGGGGGAAAGGGGCAGGCAAGGAGAUGCGGAGAGCCAGGCGGAAGGGAGUGGGGGCGGGAGGAGCGCAGGGGAGGGGAACGCGGAUGCGGGGAGUGAGGGGAACGGGGAUGGGGAGGGGGAAGGGGAGGGGAAUGGGGAGGGGGAGGGGGAGGGGGAGUCAAGAGAGGGCGCAAGGGAGGGCGGAGGGGGCCAGGGGGAGUUGAGCAGUGCAGCGCUGGUGGCAGCAGUGCUCUUUGAGAGGGCCCUGGGGGCGAAAUCCCGAUGGGCGGCGUAUUUUGGACAGAUGCCGGAGAGAGAGGAUGUGCCGGUGCUGUGGGGCAAGCGGAAAGCGAAGGAGCUUCUAAAGGGGACAGAAAUCGAGCAGGUACGUGCAAGAAAGGAUACCACCUCCCAUUGCUACCCCAAUUCUUUUCCUUCUCUCUCUGUUCUUUCCCCAUGUCUCUCACCCCCUGCCCUAUCCACCUCCUCUGCCCCUCCUCUCGCUGUCCCCAGCGACCUAGCAGGCAUGCGCGCGGAGUGGAGGCACCACAUUCUGCCCUUCCUCCUCUCGCUGCCGCCCCACCUCCUCCACCUCCUCCCACCAACCCCAACCGCUCCAAACGGUCGACACACACACGAGCAGCUGCCUUUGGAGAAUCCAUCGUUGCCCAAUCAGCAGCUGCCAGGUCAGCAGCUGACCAAUCAGCAACUGCCAGAUCAGCUGUCGUGGGACGCCUACCUGGCGGUCAAGUCGCUCAUCUCCUCGCGGGCCUUCGCCAUCGACAGCUGGCACGGGCACGGCAUGGUGCCUCUGGCUGACCUGUUCAACCAUCGCACUGCAAGCGAAUCAGUGCACUUCACAAUCAACGAUGAGGAGAGUGAUGCAGAGGAGAGUGAUAAAGGGAGGGAAGAACUGAGUGAUGAAGACCCCGAAGUGGAGGGCGAGGAGAGGAGCAAAGGCGGGAAGGGUGCAGAGGAGGAGAAGAACGGGGUGGGAGGUAGGGGGAAAGAGAAGGGCAGAGAGGAGGAGUCACCUGAGAAGGAAGGCGAAAGGGAGAAGGCAAGCGAGCAGCUAGAGAUGAUCAUGGUGCGGAGGGAGGGGCCUGGAGACGAAGUGUUCAACACGUACGGCCAGAUCAGCACUGCGGCUCUUCUGCUUCGGUACGGCUUCACCGAGCCUCUCAGCUUCGGCGGCGCCGAACCUAAGGGUGGGGUGGAGGAGCUGCCGGUCAGGCUCGGCAAAGGAGGACCGAAGCAUGGAGAAGAGGAGCAGGUGGAUUGUAUUUGCAAUCUACAGUACAACCCGUUUGAUUUAGUUAAUGUGGACCUGAAUGUGAUUAUAAGGGGGCUUAGUCUCGACCAAUCACAGGCCAGCGGGAGAGGAGGGAGAGCAAGCCCAGAAGUGGGUUCCGCAGAAACAGGGCAAGAAUCCAGCCAAACUCAUCGCAGAAAUUCCCGGGCGGCAAAGAUUGCUCGUGAUCCUACCUGCCCUUCCACUUGCUCCUCCCGGCGCUUGCGGUGGGCUGUGAAAUUGCUUGAGAGGGCUGGAUGCCCCCCCUUAGAGUCACAAGGAGAGAGAUAUUUCGAAAUAUCUGCUGACGGGCGGCCGCAGCUGGAGCUGCUGCUGCUGCUGAGGUUGGCAGGGUUGGGUGACGUGGCGGCUGCCAGAGUGGACGCCAGCGUGGCAGAGAGGGAGGCUGACGUGGAUUGGGCCGGGAUGGGGGCUGCUGAGCUGGCAGGGAUGGUGGAGGAGUGGGUGGAGGGGAUGGGGGAGAGGGAGGGGAAAGUUGGGCGAGCAGAGAGUGGUGGAGGGAAAGAGAAGGAGGGGCAGGAUGGUAGUGGAAAAAAUAUUAAGGGGAGAAAGAGGAGGAGGGAAGGAGAGGAGAGGAGUCGUGAUGGUGAGGUGUCAGCGAGAGGAGAUGAAGGGGAGGUUGAGUUGGGUUCGGAUGGGUCAAGUGAGGGGAGGAAGGGAAGGAAGAGAAGAAGAGGGGGGAAGGAGAGAAGAAGAGGGGGGAAGGAGAGAAGGGACAGAGGUGGUGGGAAGCAUGGUUCGAGAACAGAGUGCCAGGAGGAGCAUGGUUCGAGAACAGAGUGCCAGGAGGAGCGAGAGAUGGUGGGAGUGGAGAGGGAGGAAGAGAAUGGGGAUGAGGAGGAGGAUGGAGCGGAGAGAGGAGAGGAAGAUGGAGAGGAGGAGGGAGAGGGGGAUCGAGAGGGAAGUGGAGAGGAGGGUGAGGAGGAGGGAGAGGAGGAGAGCAACGAAGAAGAGGUGGCAGCAACCCGUCGGCUACUUGAGGUACCGACCGUGCGAGCCCUACUCGGCACAGUGCUGCGAGCGCGUGAUAGCAUGUUCGGGGGAUUGAACAGGGCUGGCUUGUACGGGGUGGCACGUGAUGCGGUAACGAGUAGCAGAGCAGUAAAAGGCGCGUGGACAGUGGUGGAUGAGCUCAGGGCUGCGCGGGGAGUGGAGAGGAGAGGAGGCGUGCAGAUUGUGAGUCCAAGCGUUGGCAGCAGCUGA